AUUUUGUUUUUGCUCUGAUUAGGGUGUGUUCGUUGGUGAACAAACAUGAAAACACAGCAUAAAUUCGUUUGUUUCUUCCUUUGCGUAGCGUGUUGUGUUGGAUACAUGUUGGCGUUUUGUUUUUCCGGGAAGUGUUCUAUUACCAAACACGGAGUUGUUAUGGUUUUAUCAACAGGAAAUAUGAACUUUGAAAAGAAUGCGAAGUUCAGCAAUAAAUUUCUCAAAACAGGAAAGAAGAUGCCUUUGGAAGUCGAAAAACCGGAGUCCAUCGAUGAGUUUAUGCAAAGAUACUCAGCUAUUCACAAAAGAACGAAUAAAUACGUCAGUGAAAUGUGUCGGAUGUACCGAAAUAAAAUUCCUGGAGGUAAACCGCCGCUGUUGGUGAAUGAAAAACACAAAAUAGCUUAUUGCCAAACAGCGAAGAUUGGUUCAGACGUGUGGGCCAGAGCUCUGUUGAUUCUCGCUGGAAAUAAUAACUACACGGAAGUAAUGAAAAUGAAUGGUAAACAGGUAAUACAAGCAAAGAAAAAGCAUGUUAAGCAACUAAGCCAAUUUCCAGACUUGCAGCAGAAGCAAAUCAUGGACACUUACACAAAAUUCAUGUUUGUAAGACACCCACUCUCGCGACUGUUGUCGGCUUUCAACGAUAAACUAUCACCCGAAAACGAAACGGACAUACAUGAUCAGCAAUUUAAAAUGAUCUACAGAGCAAUCGGUGCCGAUUUUAAAUGGGACAAUAAAGAAAAAGGAAACAAAGUACAGUUUAAAGAUUUUUUAAAUAUGGUUGUAAAUAGCAUUUAUAGUCAAAAUCCUCACUGGAAAGCGAUUCACACAUCUUGUUUUCCAUGUAAUGUUCACUAUGACAUAAUAGGACGUUUUGAGGAUUUUGAGAAUGAAGCAAAAUACAUUUUUAAACUUGCGAAUGUGACGGAUUUCAAGUUUCCAAGAUCUAAGAAAAAGCACAUAACAAAUAGUUCUAAACUUGAUACAAUAAGAAGUGCAUAUUCAUCGGUACCAGUUCCUCUUUUACUGGAUAUUUACAACAAAUACAAGUACGAUUUUACGCUGUUUAAUUAUGAAAUUCCUUUGGCCAUGCCUUUCAAAGAAUAAACAAAGAGGGGAACGCGAAUCACUGCUUUGGAUUUUUCAACGGUACACAGUUCCUCAUUUGCUGGAUCAUUUACAACAAAAGCAAUAUAAGCUGUUUAAAUAUAAACUUCAUUUGGCCUUGGCCUUUAAAGAAUAAUCAAAGAGCUUUGGAAUAACAGUAUUAGGAUAAUGUGUUGUUAACGGUGAGAGGGUUUGUAGUGAAGAAUGAAAAAAAAAAUUUAACUUGUAUUUUUAUUUUAAACGGUCUUUUUUCACUUGAAACUCAGGAUUUCUUGCACAUAUGUUUACAGGUACAACAAAAACUGAGUUAGCAAAAAAAAAAGGGGAAAAAAAAGCUAAAAACAAAAAAAAAUAGGGUGAUAAAACUAAUAAUUUCUUCUAUGGGGCCUAACAGACUACUUUUCUAUGCUUUUAAGUGGACCUGGUUACUUGUUCUUUUCAUGUAAAAUUUAUAUAAAAAAAAAAACAUCUGUUGUAACCCCAUACCAUAGGAUGUGUUUAUACUAUAGGCAUGUGCCAUGUUUUUGUUAAAUAAAAUUUGAUAGCAGAGGUGGGCAUAAAAAUAGGUCAGCAGAGAGCCGAGGUUAAUUUUUCAAUUUAAUUUAACACGGAGGGUCACAUGCAAAUUUAGACUUGCCCCAAGUUCUUUUUUUUUCCUAAUUCUAGACAGAGCGCCACUAACUAAUAAAAAAAAAAUUGAGUAUGGGACAAUUCCCCUCCCCUUUAAAUCUUUUCAUAUAUAAUUUCAAUUAUACAUUUUAAUUUAUAAUACAUUUAAAUUUCUUAUUUUACAUAAUUUAAAGGAAGUAGCUAUUCUUAUGACACUCAUUAGUGCAAUAAGAUAGCAAGAGUGAUUGGUAAAAGCUAAUUUGUUCUUAAUUUUGCCGAUUUCAGUCUUAAAUUAUUUUCAUUUCAUUCAUAUUUUUACACACUUUUCAAAGCAGCAGUAUAUUACUGUAUUAUAGGCUAUUACCAUUAAACCUCCUCAAAUGUAAUAACCUUGUUUAUUCUGUAUGGAUAAUUAUUUAAUGAUAAUUAUAACAACAAUAAGAAUAAUACAAAUUUAAAGAGCAAAUGCAAUAACCUUGUUUAUUCUGCAUGGAUAAAUUUAAUGAUGAUAAUAACAAUAUAAGAAUAAUAAAAAUUUAAUAACUAUAAAAAGCAAAUGUAAUAACCUUGUUUAUUCUAUAUGGAUAUAAUAAUACGUGGCUCUUAUAUAGAGCUUCAUGCACAAUGCCUCUAAGCUCUUCUCAUUACUACCCCGGUCAUUGGAUCAAACUGGAUUAAAUUAUUAAAAUAAAUUAUAUUAUUAUUCCAUUAUAUUGCAGCUAGUAAUCAGCGUAGUUGUGUUGGAACCUACCAGGUACGCACUUGUCCUCCUGGGGUGGAGAGAGGCAACCGUAAAUAAAGUGCCUUGCCCAAGGACACAAGCGAUAAUGCACAGCGAGAGUUUGGGAGUGCAAGCCAAAACCUAUGCGCCAUCCGCAUUGUUGUUUUUGAUAAAAUUUAAAAAUGUAUUUUAGUUUUAUAAGAAAUAAUUAUGUAAAAAUUAUAGCUUUGUAAGUUUUUACUUUCACUACGGUAAAAACUUGUAUUAUUUAGAUAAGUUUACUGCCUACAUUUGUAUAAAUAUUUUCCAUGUAAAAAAUGUUACUAGUGGAACUGAUUUAAUAAAGAUUUAAUAUUAAAGAAUGAUAAAUCUUGAUGUAUUCCUUGUAUUUAAAUUCUUGUUAUAUGUAACGCAUGAUGUAAAAGGGGGGGGGGGAGAAAAAGCCCAGAGGGCAACUGUCCUGGAGGAAUGUUAGGGCUAAAUACCGGGGGAGGGGAAGCAAAUGUCCGGCGGCAACCGGCCUGCUUCCGUCAAAAAUAUGAAUGCUACAUGGAUGAAAUCCACAUCUGGCAUAGUAACAUACAUUAGCAAUCAACAAUAAAAUAAAAAUCUAAGAAA